AGCAGUCAAGUAAUUAAAACUCGCAUAUUAAAAUAGAUUUUUAACAGCCAACUCGCAUAUAUCGUCUCAGAACGUUCUGCGCUGUAGUGGUGAACAAACGUAUGGAAUAAAGUGCUGUCAAUUUUUAAACUUCAAACCGAAAAUCAUUGUAAAGCAUCGUUGCGAUUAGCUUGAAGAUGUGCAAAUUCGCCGUUUAUACGCUGCUAUUCGCUCUGAGCUCCUAUUAUUGCAGCGCAGUUGCGACACCGGAAACCGCCAAGCCACCGACGCAAGCUGUGCCAAGUAUCGAUGAGUUGUAUGAAUUGUUGCCGUCGGAUUUAGGCGAUGAGCCACCCACUGUAGUGGUAGCGCUUUUGGUACGCAACAAGGCACAUAUCCUACCGCUGUUCCUAACCUACUUCGAGCGCCUGAACUAUCCAAAAGAGCAAAUUGCAUUGUGGAUACGUUCAGAUCACAAUAACGACGCGAGCACUGAACUGCUGCAGCUGUGGCUUAAUAACACCGCAAACUUAUAUCACAGUGUCGAUUUCGAGCAUGACGACAGCGUGCAACGUCAUCAAAAUGAAAGUACACCGAACGAUUGGCCUGCUGCACGUUUUCAUUAUCUCAUAAACUUGAAAGAAACAGCAUUGAUUUAUGCUAAGAAGAUUUGGGCCGAUUACAUAUUUUUCCUUGAUGCUGAUGUGCUGUUAACACACGCCGACACCCUAACUCAUUUGACUAGUCUACGAUUACCCAUCGUUGCACCUAUGCUACUGUCCGAAGGUUUGUACUCAAAUUUUUGGUGUGGCAUGACACCCGAUUAUUACUAUCAACGCACCGACGAAUACAGGGAAAUCUACAAUGUUAAUAAGGAAGGUGUUUUCCCUGUACCAAUGGUACAUAGUGCUGUGCUGAUAAGAGUGAACUAUCAGGGCAUGCGUUAUCUAACAUUCAAUCGUGAACGGCUUCUUGAGCAGCAACAAAAUGAGGUCGAAUGGGCAGAACAUGAAGGAUUCACACCGUGUCGCCCGUACGAUGGCCCCGUCGAUGAUAUUAUUGUUUUCGCUACAUCGGCAAAUUGUUCACGCAUAGCAAUGUUCAUCAGUAAUAAGUUACCAUUUGGAUAUUUAAUGCAGCCACUUGAGGUUAACGAUGGUUUGGAACAAGACGUGCAACAGCUGAUAAAUAUACGCGCAAAUAUCGUACAUGAUCAGGAUGAGGUGGCGCCUGUGAAUGCUUAUUUCGAGAAAUACAUUACUUAUCCGAAUAAAACCAAACUCACAUUGGACCAUAUUUACAUGAUCAAUCUUGAAAGACGUCCAGAGCGACGUGCCAAAAUGGAGAAACUCUUCCUUGAGUUAGGUCUAGACGUUGAAUAUUUUCCCGCCGUGGACGGAAAAAAUCUAACCACUGAGUUACUAGAAGAUAUGGGUAUCAAAUUUCUGCCUGGCUAUGAAGAUCCUUACUCUCACCGUCAAAUGACAAUGGGUGAAAUCGGUUGCUUUUUAAGUCACUAUCGCAUUUGGGAAAAGAUUGUUGAGCGCGAACAAAAUGAAGUGCUUAUACUUGAGGAUGAUGUACGCUUCCAGCCAUACUUCAAAGAUAGCGCCAUACGCGUGCUCUCGCAAAUACGCAGCGUUGUUGAAUAUGAUUUAGUUUACUUUGGCCGCAAACGUUUGAAGGAAGAGAAAGAACCUUGGGUACAGAAUGCAGAAAAUCUUGUACAUGCUGGUUACUCCUAUUGGACAUUGGGCUAUGUUAUAUCACUACAAGGCGCACGCAAACUACUCGCCGCAAAACCGUUAGAGAAACUGUUGCCAGUCGAUGAAUUUCUACCGUUAAUGUUUAAUCGUCAUCCGAAUAAAACUUGGAGCUCUCACUUCCCGCAACGUGAUUUGUUAGCCUUCAGCGCGGCGCCUUUAAUACUCUUCCCCACACAUUAUACCGGUGAAUCAGGUUACAUUUCAGACACCGAAGACUCGGAGCUGACCUCAACGGUGAACAGUGAUGUUAAUGUGCAUUUGAAGAGCGAUCGAGAAUUGGAAUUCCCUUAUAUACAACCUGAGCAGGAUGCACCCUCAAAGCAAGCAGAAGAUGAAAUAUAUGUAGAUUUGGUGAAAGAUAGCGAGGGUGGCACUUUCAAUCAAGAUUUGCAUUUUUCCAAAACUCAUGAAGAGUUUUGAGUACGAUCAUAUGCUAACAGCAUUACUUUAAACAAUUAAGUUUUUAUUAUUAUUACUGCCGCUUAAAUUGCCAUUGCUAUAUACGGAGUGUAUAUGUAUAGAAUUAUGUAUAUGUGUAUGCACCAGUGUGCAUACAUAUCCUUUAAAUGUGCCUUACUAGUUGUAAAAUUAAGAACAAACGCAAAAAACCUAUAUGCUCCUUAUACAUAGUUGUAGUUUCAACCUAUAUAUUCCAUUUAUACUCAUAGCCGUUAACUAACUCGAAUAUUAAUAUUAAUUAUGUGCACCAUAUACUCGCUAUUAAUUAAUAUGCAUCUUCAAAACGAAAUAGUGAACGUGUUUAGCACAAAAUUGUCAUUCACUGUGCAAAUAUACGCCGUAAAACAUGCAAACACUAAAAACUUAUGAAAUAUGAAUAUAUAAUUUCUUCGUAUGAAACAACAAGUGCGUCUUAGCGGUUUUCGAACGGGUUAAUAGCUGUUAUGUUGAGUGCUUGUUUGUGAUUGAAAACCGGUUCACUUAACAUGUUGUUAACAAACAUAAACAUACCAAUAAGUUGUUCAUUAAUAGAUUUGUUGUUGAAUUAAUUUAGUAGUUUAGAAACUCAUGUAUUUUCAUGCAUGAAAAUUUUAUGUGUCUAAUGUUUCAACUAGUACUUUUUAUUUCGAAUAUUUAACAGUCUAUAAAGUAAAUACUUAUGUACGUGUCAAUCAUUUAUUGGCCCAGCAGCCAAAGUUUUUAUGCCAAAAAGUUUCAUUUUAGAAAGUGUAUGCCCAAAAAUUUCCCAAUUAAACCAAUAAAUAAAUAUAAUUUUUACUUCAA